AUGGCGCCACCCAAAAAGCAUUCCAAACCCGCCACCGCCAAACCUGCCUCGACCCCACCACAACCCCCACCAAACUGGCCCCCCCUUCGCCCCCUCGUCCCUCCAUCAGAUCUCUCUCUCGCCACCCUACUUCCCUCCCAAAUCGCCCUCAUCCGCAAUUUCUGGCCAUCAAAACUGUGUAAAGAUUAUGUAUCUUUCUUGAAGACAUUGCCGUUGGUAACGACACCAGGGAAGCCGAAGAAGGGCGAUGCGGUGAGGGUUAAUGAUCGGUUUCAGGUAGUUGAUGAGGGGUUUGCAAGGAGACUAUGGGAAGAAACUGGGUUGAAGGGUCUAAUUCUGGGAGAUGGAGAAGAAAAGGGCGAGGAUGCUGAGGAGGAGAAGAGAAUUGGUGAGAGUGAGAGGAGGGAGUUGUGGGGUGGAGAAGUGGUAGGUCUCAAUCCUUCAAUACGCAUCUAUCGGUACACGAAAGGGCAGUUCUUUGACUGCCAUUAUGACGAAUCUAACCACCUCUCCCUGUCCAACGUGCCAGUGAAAACAACCUGGACUCUCCUUCUCUACCUCACGUCGCCGGCGACUGGAUGCCAAGGCGGAGAAACAGUAUUCUAUCCAGAUGAGAUAGUGAUUCCGGGAAAGAAGAAUGUGGUUGAGGAGCCGGUUGUUGUGGGAUUAGAGACGGGGAUGGUGCUGCUGCAUAAGCAUGGGAAUGAUUGCAUGUUGCAUGAGGGGAGGGAGGUCACGGAUGGGGAGAAGUGGGUUAUCAGAACCGAUCUGUGCGUAAAGAAAGAGAGGUCUCGAUUUGCAGACUGA